CUCGCCUUACGCCCACGCCUUUUAAAACACUGCUUCAAUUUUAAUUUGAUUAGAAAAUAUCCCAACUUCCACAUGUUUGAAACCUUUACGCUGAGAACAUCAAACCUUAAAAGUCAACAAUCAUCAAUAAAUAAAGACAAAAUUGAAGCUUUUUCCAAGUUGCUUUAGUAAACUGCAAGGAAGUUGACUGCUUUGCCUGACUAGUUUGACCCUACCACUUUGCAUCCUUAAGUGUUAAAAUUGAAGUAAAUCCUUCUUCAGAUAGGUUUUCAGUGCUGAUAUUUCCUCCUCUUUAUUCAAGAUUUAGCAAUAGGUAUCUCAAAAUACAUGGAGAAAUCCAAUUCAUUCUUUUUCAUCUGGACAUUUCUUGCCUUUCUGUUGAUAUUACUUAGCAGAAUUUAUGUCUGUAGUGCUGCAGAAAGUGAUUUUUAUUGCUUGAAAUCAAUAAAAGAUUCUUUACAAGACCCUUUCAAUAACUUGGGCAGUUGGGAUUUCAGUAAUGCUACAGAAGGUAUCAUCUGCAGAUUUUCAGGAAUUAAUUGUUGGCAUGUUAAUGAGAAUAAGGUAUUGAGCAUCACACUUUCAAACUAUGGAUUAAUAGGUGAGUUUCCUCGAGGCGUUCGAAAUUGUACAAGUUUGACUAGUUUAGAUCUUUCAGGCAACAAGUUGUAUGGAAAUAUCCCUUCUGAUAUUUCAGUGAUAGUUUAUUAUUUGAUAACACUUGAUUUAUCAAAUAACACAUUUUCUGGCAAUAUACCACCUGAUAUAGCUAAUUGUACUUACCUUAACGUUCUGAGGUUAGAUAAUAAUAAUCUAGAAGGUGAAAUUCCAAGUAUAAUAGGCUCUUUACUUCGUCUUCAGACAUUCAGUGUAGCCAACAAUUACUUGACUGGGGCAGUGCCAUUGUUUGUUAAUGCACAAAUCACAGCUAAGAGUUUUGAAAAUAAUCCAGAGCUUUGUGGGAAGCCCUUGAAAGGAUGUGAGGAUUCUUGGAUAUGGAAACAUAUCGAUCGUGCUUCGUUCAUUAAAGCGUUUGUGGUUGGUUGGGUACUUUUCUUUACGUUGGGUUUAGUCCUUCACUUAUUUCAGUUUCCAAGCAAGGUUAUCAACAAGAUAGUCUCAUUCAACAAAUGGAAACUGAGGGUAAAGGAACAUUUAACUUCAGGAAGCGAUUCGCCAGGUGAAGAGGACUUAAGCAGCAACCAGAAGAUAUUAAGGCUGGAGAAGUUUGUCACUAGAAUGAGUUUUGCGGAGCUGGAAAAAGCGACUUCUGGUUUUAGUGAAAAUUAUUUAGUAGGAAAUGGAAUGUUGGGCAAAGUGUACAAAGCAAUUCUACCAAAUGGAUGGACACUUGCCAUCAAGAAGCUCAAUGAAUGGGAGAAUUUGGAGGACGAGUUUGUCUCUGAGAUAACAACUCUCGGUGGCCUGAGACAUCGGAACCUAUUGCCUCUUAUAGGUUUCUGUACUGAAAAUGAAAAAAAACUUCUUGUUUACAAAUAUAUGCCUAAUGGAAGCCUUCAUGAAUGGCUGCACUCGACGGGAGAUAAGGUUGAGAUUUUGGAUUUCCCACUGAGAGUUAAACUUGCACUUGGGAUAGCAAAAGGUCUGGCUUGGCUUCAUCAUGGGUACGAAUUACACGUUACACACGGAAGCAUAAGCACACGAUGUAUCUUGCUAGAUCAAAAUUUUGAACCUAAAAUAUCCAAUUUUUGGGAAGCAAAAUUUUGGAGUAAGAAUGAGACUGCAUUAAGUUGGAGUCUUUUUCCAGUAGCUGAAUAUUCAGGUUUAGGUUCUUACAAGCAAGACAUCUACUGCUUCGGUGUUGUGCUUCUCGAGCUGGUAACAGGGAAGGAACCACAUGAACUGACCAGCUCGAGAAAUCUAUUUGAUCAUUCGCCUUGUCUACUUGAUGCAGACAGAAACUUGCUUGGAAAAGGAGUCGACGAUUUAAUCCUCCAAUUUCUUGAAUUAGCUUGCAACUGUGUGAAGUUCUUUCCUAAUGAAAGGCCAACAAUGUUGGAAGUGUAUGACACACUGAGGACAAUUUCUCAGGGCCGAACAGACUGGGUACGAGAGAUACCCUUAUCAACUGACAUGUCAAGUCUAUAUGACUAGUGCUGAGGAGACAAAGUAGGAGCACACUAAAUUAAACCAUGAAGGCCAGUCUGUAUAUUAAUAGCUUCUUGCAAUUGUAAUUUCUAAGAAUCUGUAGAUACUUACCAAUAUUGGAAAACCAUAUGGAUUGCAUUUGUAGUUUCUAAAAGAAUAGAAGACUGAUCCUGCAUUAACUUUGUUAAAAUUUUAUACCAUGUAUUUUUCUGAGA